GGCAUCUGCGUGCUCCAGGUCUGCUCGCCGCAUCUCGCCGACUUUCGCAAAGUUGGAAACUUUCUGAAGGAAAAGUACGACACAAGUUCCGCCAUGCGGUUGGUGAGCCACAAGACGAGCGGUCGUCGCGGCGGUGCAGCCGGUGCCGUUACCGGCGGUGCCACCCGCUGGUCCCGCUGGUCCCGCUGGCGUCUGGAGCCGGUGAACGAGUGGUUGACGGCGCCCACGGCGAGCGAGCUGGUGCACGUGAGCGCCAGCCCGGAAUACUGCGAGCGCGACGACGCCAGCGGCAUCCCCGGCGUGGUGGGGCGGCGGUGCAACGUCACCUCCGAGGGCACCGAGGGAUGCUCCGUCAUCACGUGCUGUGACAGAGGAUACGACAUCUCGCAAGUCACGGUGGAGAAGCAGUGCGGAUGCAAGGAACAACUCCGCUGGAACGUCAGGUGCAAGCUGUGCCCAUCGACCGUCGAUCAAUAUUUCUGCAAGUAGCCUCCAGCCACGGGCUGGGGGUGGCCUCGGCUGAAAUUGGACUCCAUCUGGUUUCAGCCAGGUGCUGUGGGGGUUUGGAGAUCCCCACAAAGUUGUUUAGGGCACCACAGCGUCCAGCAUGCCCAUCAUUACGAGCCGCUUUACACUAUACAUUACACUACUACAAACACUACACUUUGAUACACUACACAAUUCACUACCUUACUAUACACUUGUGUCAAUUUCCACAAUGCAGAAGCACUGUUUUUUGACCCUCAUCACUUGAAUGUGCUUAGUAACUAAGUGUUAUUCUUUUUACUCCGUUCUUGUUAACGCCAAAUCUACGAAACAUUCACUCGGCACACUGAGGAUUCACAAUGGGGUUCGGUGACCCUGUGGCAUCCAUCAUAUCCUUCACUGAGCCACGUUACACUAUAUCCACUUUACA